UUAGGCCUAAACGGAAGUAUGGGCCCCUGUAUAAUUGAGUAGUAGACCCCGCCCCGGCCUCUUUCCGCUCUGAGCUCCGACCGGCUAGGACCUAGGCGAGCAGACACGAUGGCAGAUUGGGAAAAUGCUCCUGUCGGGGCCGAGUCCCCUGAAAUUAAACUGUUCGGGAAAUGGAGUACCGAUGAUGUCCAGAUCAAUGACAUCUCACUGCAGGAUUACAUUGCCGUUAAGGAGAAGUAUGCCAAGUACCUUCCACACAGCGGAGGUCGUUAUGCCGCCAAACGCUUCCGUAAGGCCCAGUGCCCCAUUGUGGAGCGUCUGACAAACUCCCUCAUGAUGCACGGCAGGAACAACGGCAAGAAGCUGAUGACGGUCAGGAUUACCAAGCACGCCUUUGAGAUCAUCCACCUGCUGACCGGGGAGAACCCUCUGCAAGUGUUGGUGAACGCCAUCAUUAACAGCGGUCCCCGUGAAGACUCCACCCGUAUCGGUAGAGCCGGAACAGUGAGGCGACAGGCUGUGGACGUGUCCCCACUGCGAAGAGUCAACCAGGCUAUCUGGCUCUUGUGCACCGGUGCUCGUGAAGCUGCCUUCAGGAACAUUAAGACCAUUGCAGAAUGUGUCGCUGAUGAGCUCAUCAAUGCAGCCAAGGGCUCCUCUAACUCCUACGCCAUCAAGAAGAAAGAUGAACUGGAGAGAGUUGCCAAGUCCAACCGUUAAGUUGUCAAGUCUCAUGUUGCAAAUCCUAGAAUAAAAACUAAAAUGUUGUCACCCA